AUACGCCGUCGUAUAAAUGAAAUUUUAAAACAUAAAACACAUUUUUUUCUGGGUGUGUCACACUGGAUCAAGGCAGUUGUUUGUUUCCUGUAAGUCAACGCCGAGGGCAUGAAAACCAGUCAAAUUUACUUCGUCAUUUUCGGUGGUGAAUGAUGUCAUCAGUGUGCGCCCUCUAUCCAUUCUGUAGCGUUAAUUCAGUGUUUUGAGCCUUUUGUGUGGUCUGUUUAUAAGGGCUGAAUAUUAGUCCUCGUGUACUGUGAAUUAACUGUGUAUUUAACGCUCCUUCGUCCCGACAUGGAGUCUGGAGAUGUCGCGGAGGAGAAGGUUGGUUCCCUGUCCGCGGCUCAGCGGAGAGCCGAGAUACGAAGAAGAAAACUGCUACUAAAUUCAGAAGACAGGAUGAACCGGAUCGUCGGCUUCACCAAAAACGAGUCAGAAAACAACGAUGUCUUUACAGGAGCGUCCCGACGACCCACAGAGCCUCGCUUUCAUCUCGAUCUUGACCGGUCGGACACAUGGUCAUCAUCUUCAGCAUCUCCGAGACCAUCUCCAUUCUUGCCGGAGGCUUCAGGCCUCGGCAGCCACUCCCAUAAUGCCACCCCUGAGAGGAGAGGCUCGCCUUUACCAGACAGCGGCGGUCCAUUGGGAGGUUUGGAGGAUGAUAUUGGAGGCAACAGGCAGAGACCCAGGGGGGAGCGAGUGUCAGAUGACCUCAGUGGGUCCCCUCGCAGAGGUCUCCAGAAGUACCUUUCUCGCUUUGAUGAUGCCAUGAAGCUGCGUGGACAGCUGGCCAAUGAGAAGCCAGCUCAAGACGCAGGGUCGGACACUGAGGAGUUUGACCCGUUCAGGAUCUUCAGGCUCAUUGGCAGCGUCCUCCUCGCUGUUUUUGUUAGAGUUUUUGUCUGCAAAUAUCUGUCAAUAUUUGCUCCAUUUCUGACCCUUGAACUGGCCUACAUGGGGUUGUCCAAAUACUUUCCAAAGGUAGAGAAGAAGACCAAGACCACUGUGCUGACCGCUGCCCUUUUACUGUCCGGCAUCCCCGCUGAGGUCAUCAACCGCUCCAUGGACACCUACAGGAGGAUGGGCGAUGUCUUUGCUGACCUUUGCGUCUACUUCUUCACCUUCAUCCUGUCACAUGAGAUCCUGCUAAUCUUUGGCUCAGAGACUCCCUGAUGUUAGCGGGUGGAUGUCAGAAACCCCACUUCGCUCCAUCUCUUCCCCAUUCUACUCUUCCACCUCCUCCCCUGAUCUUCCCUUCUCUGUCUCCCAUCAAAGCAAGGCAUGACCAUUUACUGAAGUCGGUUGACAGCAUGCAGUCGGGACACAAAAAUACACCCCUGCUGGUUUGUUAAUAACUCGCUUCAGCUGAACUCAUGGCCUCAGUGAUUCAGGAUUCAAGAAAUGUGACUAGACAGUCUUUUGUUUCAUAUAGAUCCCUGUUUUUUUUCUUUUUCUUGAUGAAAGCAGAGAAACGGAACAAACAGUUUGACUGUAUGGAGAAUGGAAGGUGUACAACAUGGUUACAUCACAUUUACAUCCACAGGGUCAGUGCAUUUCACUACAAGGUACAGAGACAGUUGAAGUUAGGAGUGAUAAACACUGCCAUACAUUUGGGACUAGGUGUUG